UAGAGUCAACAUGUUUACCUGGCGAUUGAAACUGAUCCUGCUGCUGGCCCAGGCGCUGAGCAGUCAAGCGGGCUACAUUGGUGGCGAGGUGGCAGCUGGCGUACACUCCGCUGGACUGCUGGGCAGCUAUGCGGGCGUCUUGAGCGGCGGCGAGGCGUUGGCCAAGCUGGAUCUGGGAGCCAGCAAGCUGCAUGCGGAACACGAGCAGCUGGGCGAACUGGGCGAUCAUCUGAGCGAGCACAGCUUCCCGGCGGACUAUGGCAGCAGCGAUGCGGGCGUGGAAUAUGCCGAGGCCAGCGAACUACAUGCGCACUAUGAACCAGAGCUGGAACUGGAACACCAUGAACACCAUGCCGAGGAGCCGGUGCCCGGCAUUGAUCACGGCAAGGGCGCCUUCAGCUACAGCACACUCUACGAGUUCAAGGAUAGACAGGAGCAUGAGCAGCAUCAACUGGACCAUCAGCUCGAGGAGCAGCACAUCGAACAGCAGCUAGAGCUGGAGCAUCAGCAGCACGUGAUCGAGCACCAACUGGACUCUCACUAAGCCUGUGAUAGUCAACGUUUCUACUAGCUAAUUUUUUUUUAUUCCCAAUACAGAUAUAUA